AACUUGAAUUUCAGCUUUACAUUAAGAUCAGCAGCUCAGAUGUCUACUCUGAAGUCAGAGCUCUCCAGGGACCAGCAGAGAACCAUCUGCUCUCAGCUGGGAAGUGUCAAACUGAAGCUUCUCUACAAGGCCACCGUCCACGGCUUUACUGGUGCCGCCUUCCACCAGCGAUGUGACAACCAGUCACCCACUGUGUCUGUGGGCUACAACGCUUCUGGUUAUGUGUUUGGAGGCUACACCAGCCAGCCUUUUAGUCAGUCUGGACAGUAUGUGAAUGAUGACCAGGCUUUUCUUUUUGGUUUUACUGGUGGAAAACUCCACAAAUAUCCAGUUACCAGUGCUCCUCAUGCCGUCAAAAUGAUCGGCAACUCUGGUCCUUAUUUUGGGGAUUCCCUAGCUCUUGUGAACGGAAGCAAACCAGUGAUAUACAGCAACACAGGAGCUCAGUACAACUUCAAUGCUGCAGAAAUGCAUGGAAAUGACCUGAACCUGACUGAAUGUGAAGUUUACCAAGUGGAGGAAUCUACUGAACUUGAGAAGCCAUGGAGGACUAUCAUCUGGGAAUCUGGGAAUAAAAAGAAGUUGAUGGAGAGCAUCCAAACCUACAAGCCCACAGUCAGUUAUGUGUCCCAGGCUCGAGUUUUACUCAUUGGACCAGUUGGAGCUGGAAAGUCCAGCUUCUUCAACUCCAUCAACUCUGUAUUUAGAGGUCAUGUCACCAGCCAGGCCAUCUCUGGUUGUUCCUCCACCAGUCUCACCACUCAGUUCCGAACCUACUCUCUGAAAGCAGGACGAGAAGGCAAACCUCUGCCAAUUGUCCUGUGUGAUACCAUGGGCCUGGAAGACAGCAAAGAAGCGGGGAUUGAUAUUGAUGACAUCGGCAGCAUUUUUAAAGGACAUAUGCCGGAUCGUUACCAGUUCAAUCCUGCUGCUCCUCUGCCUGAUGACGCUCACGGCUAUCGCAAGUCUCCAGGCAUCAAAGACAAGAUCCACUGUGUGGCCUAUGUCAUUGAUGCCUGCAAGGUUUCCAUUAUGCCCACAAAGUUGGAGGAGAAGCUGGAAGCCAUCCGCAAAAAGGCUAACCUGUUGGGCAUUCCUCAGCUGGUUCUGCUCACUAAAGUAGAUGAAGCUUGUCCUUUGGUAAAAGAGGAUCUGAGAAACAUCUAUAGGAGUGGAUACAUCAAGGAAAUAAUGCUGGAGGUCAGUGCUAAGGUGGGUGUACCUCUGUCCUGCAUUGUUCCAGUGAAGAGCUACAGCGAGGAGUUGGAGCUGGACUUGAAUUGUGACAUCCUGCUGCUUAGCGCCGUCAUCCAGAUGCUUCGCUUUGUUGAUAACUACUUUGAUGAGCUUAGUGACCAACUGAGCAGUGUUGAGUUAAAAAACUUAAGAUCUGUAUAAAGAAAACCUCUGAAACAAUUGAAAGAAGAAAACUAUA